GGAGCGCGGGGCAGGCGCCGAGCGGAGCGGAGCGGAGCGGAGCCGCCUCUCGUCAGGGGAGCCCGGCGCGGAGGGAGCGGCCCGGAGGUGCCCGCCCGGAGAGUGAGCUGGAGAUGGUGGACCACCUCGCAAACACUGAGAUCAACAGCCAGCGCAUCGCUGCUGUGGAAAACUGCUUUGGGGCUUCUGGCCAGCCCUUAGCCGUGCCAGGAAGAGUCCUUUUAGGAGAAGGGAUUUUAACCAAAGAAUGCCGCAAGAAACCAAAGCCUCGCAUAUUCUUCCUUUUCAACGACAUCCUGGUGUACGGGAGCAUAGUGAUUAACAAAAGGAAGUACAAUUCCCAACACAUCAUCCCCCUUGAAGAUGUCACUUUGGAGACACUGCCAGACACCUUGCAGAUGAAGAACCGCUGGAUGAUUAAAACCUCAAAGAAGUCCUUCGUGGUUUCUGCAGCCUCCCUGACAGAGCGGAAGGAGUGGAUCAGCCAUCUGGAGGAGUGCAUCAGGCACCUGCUGACAAAGACAGGCAGGCAGCCCUCCACGGAGCACGCGGCCCCUUGGAUCCCAGACAAGGCGACAGACAUCUGCAUGCGCUGCACGCAGACCAAGUUCUCCACCCUCACUCGAAGGCAUCACUGCCGCAAGUGUGGCUUUGUCGUGUGCGGGGACUGCUCCAGGCAGAGGUUUUUGAUGCCCCGGCUGUCCCCCAAGCCCCUGAGGGUCUGCAACCUGUGCUACAGGCAGCUGCUGGCAGAGCAGAAGAAGGAAGCGGAGGCUGAUCGCCAGCAGCUGGAGCAGUACUGUUCUGCCAUCCCAGGCUGCGAACCCUCCAGCGGUGAUGACAGUGACAAAUCCGACGAUGACAAAGUUGACCAGUGGCCAGCAGACACAGAGUUUUAUACCUCAGAAGUAUCUUGGUCAUCUUUCCAUAGCUGACCUCCUUGGGAGUCAGCGGCAUUUAAACACUGGGAAGCCAACUUCUGGCCUCCAAUCCAUGUCCUCCUUAGCAUUUUCUCUGGAGGCCAUGUCUAGGAAGGUGGAUGUUGGUUCCUGUUUGUGCUGUCUGCGAGGGAACAAAGGGUCGGGGUGUUACCCCUAGUCAUUCUGAGAAUGUCUCACAUGCAGAGAGUGACAGCCUAGUGAAGAGCCCGGACUAGAGACCUGCAGAUCAGUCUUGGUCCAAAUGAGUUCACCCUUCUGUGCCUUAGUAUUCCUGUCUGCAAAAAUAGAACAAUACUAUUUUUUUUUUCUCAAAUGCUUUGAGAUUACCCUCAGGAGAAAAAGGAGCAAAUCCUUGACUUAAACAUGCUUGCCUGCCAGUGGUGAAUUUCUUUUUCAGAGGCAAGGGGAGCUCCAGAUGGCAAUGCAGAAAACUGGUGCUUUUGCUUCCCAUGAUGCAUUUUCUCAAGGAGAACAGAGAACUUCCAAGGCUGGCAUUUUUCAUAAGCAUUAGAUCUACUUCAGGUAUUCUCAUUGCAGGUGUGCAAACCUGACUGGAUAGCCGCUUAUCGGCGUGUGGUAAGAUAGGCACGGACUUUGAUUUCUACACCAAGGUUUCUGAACUUUGGAAACACUAAGGAAAUGGUGCUGUGAAGGCAAGAGAGGUCAUACGAUGCUCAAUGCGAGCCGCCUUAGCAAAGUGCUGGAGCAUUUGGCACUUUCGUAUUAAAAAUAUAUAUAUAUAAUUUUGGUGAUACCAGGCAAGGAGGGAAGGAGGAGGGGAGGGGAAGAAGGACAGGUACAUUUAUAGAAAGGAGGGAAGGAGGAGGAAGCUUACUGCAUUUGAAUCAAGUGCAGAAUCCCAGAUCUCAACACCCAGCAGUUUCACCAGAUUAGCAGAACCUGAUGACCUCAAGCCUACCACGUAAAAGGGUAGCCCAGUGAGGACUUGUUAAAAGUCUUCAAAAAUCCAGGAAAAUAUCCCAAGUUAAGAUCCUAUGAGGUUCAGUAUUUCAGCCUCUACUCCCUUCCUGAACAAGACCCCAAGGAACUGAACAUUCAUUUCUGUGCUCAUCUCACUGUAUCAGUCUCACAAGUUCAAAGUUAAGGUCCUUAAUGUGUCUUCAGGAUUAGAACCCAAGCAAGUUAAUUUGAGAUGAACUUAAAAAGUUCAAAUUGUUAGAAAUGAACUGUGUUUAUUCAAAUAUUCUAUCAUAAUGUAGCAUGGGAGUAAGUAUACUGAGACUUAGACAACAGCAAUUAUAUUGCAGCAGACAUUUCUACAAACUCAGUUAUUAUUUUAGUAUAUUUUUGUAUUGUGUAUCUUAAAUUCUGGGAAAGGAACAUAGCCGAGGGUACACUGCCAAUGUUAUAAACCAUUUCCAUACCAGUAUCUGGUCCAAACAUUGCAUUGCAUGUCAGCUGGCCAGUUAUUUUAUUUUUAAAAAAUUUAAGCUCAAAAUAAUCAUUUGUACUUUCUUUUGUAAACUGCCACUGUCCAAUGAAUUUGUAUUACUUGACUGUGUGAAUAAAGAUACGGCCAACAUAAAGAAGCCAGGAAAA